AUGUCCUUUUCCAAGAAGGUGCGACUCCCCUCGCAAGCCGAGUCCUUGCCCUCGGGGUUCUUUUGUUCAUCUGCAAAUCAGCAUCCUUCAACAAGGACAACUCUGAGCAUUUCUACCCAUCAGGAAUUGAAAAUGGUCACCAUGUCCAUCGCGCACCGAGUUCUUCCGAGCGCAGCUGUGCGUCUUCGAUAUGCAAGCCUCGAUCUGCCACACAGGAGCCAAAGCCAUUGCAUUCGCCAUCUUAUCUGGCCGACCAUCUCCUGCUAUCAUCACCAAGCCGCCAGAUCUGUCAGUGUCAAUCUUGAUCAACUCGAUGUUGUUGCUGAUGUGUCUGAACAGCAGUCUUACCCUGCUGGCUUGCCUAGACGCCGGUCGAGCGGUUUGCGCAAACAAGCCGAGUCCGAAGACACCAUCAAAGGUCUCGUCAUGAAGAUCUUACAACAACAACACGCCAUCUCCAGAACUCAGGCUGAGAUACUGCAGAGUCAGCACAGCAACUACCACGCUUUGCUAGAGAUAACCGAGAACAUGCAACACACUAUCAGCCGCAUCGAGAUGGUCAAGGAAGAUGUACAAGUCAGUGACAAGAUUGCCUUUGCUGCUGGCUUUGGCUGUGGGCUUCUUGUCUUGCUGGGCAUCUGGCUGUCUCCCUUUGGCGGUAAAGACAAGGAUGAUGAUUCUGAGAAGUGA